ACAGGGUCUCGCAGGCAGUGCGCGCCGUCUGCUGCGAAGGUAUGACGUGCAUCGUGUCCUGUGUGAGCAAAAAGUACAGCGAUCAGUGGUCGGCGUCAUACACCAUGCACAGGACCGGGACCCCGAUCGAACCCCGACUUGGGGAGCGUCUGGACGACAUCUGGACAUGAUGCUGUGGAUGAUCUGAUCUGAUAUCAAACUAAUGCGCGCAGAUAUGGAUGAACAGCCGCAGUGUGUUCGCCUCUUUGUGUAACAGAUGUUUCUCCUGGUCUCUACGAGCCGUGAACUCCCUGAACGACAGCGGAGACACGAGGACAGGACGUGAACACGGAGGACGAAUGUGUGGCUCCUUUCGCCCUAUUCCUCUCUAUUCGCUCCUUUUGAUGUAACAUCUUGGCAGGGUUUGGCUCGGCUCCGUCCGCUUUGCUCUGGUUCUUCUUCUCCUCCUCCUCCUCCUCCUCCUCCUCCUCCCCCCCCCCCACGCGGGUGUGCGAUCAGAUGCCUCCGCUGCUGGACCGGAGGCAGAAAACAGCCGGCGUCGGAAACACUCCGCCGCCCGGCUCGUCGCCGCAAUCGCCCAGGAUGUUCAGCUGCGUGGGCUGCUUCUGGCUUCUUCUGUCUUCGGCGCUCGUGGCCGUCUGCAGCUUUAGCUUUAUCUCCCCGGCGUGGAUCGUUAAAGAGCAGCUGAAGAACAAGGACUCGGUGAGCUUCGGGCUGCUCUGGCACUGCUCCGAGUCGCUCGAUCACAUGUACAGAUGUUACACGUUUGGGGGGAUCGGAAAAUUCGCAGAGAUCCCCUCCAGCUCCUGGCAGACGAGUGCAGUACUGUGCUCUGGGGGAUGCACCCUCCUGGCUGUCAGCUCCCUGCUGGCCAUCAUCACUUUCUUCCUACCCAGUGGGUCCUGUGAGCGGAGGGUCUGCACGUUGGCUGGGUACAUGCAGAUGGCUUCAGUGUUCAUCAUGGCAUCCGGCCUCCUGGUGUACCCAUUUGGACUGAACUCUGCCCUUGUGAAGUCAUUUUGUGGUGAUUCAGACGUUUACUACGCAGGAGAGUGCCAGAUUGGUUGGGGCUACAUGCUAGCCAUCGUCGGAGUCAUGCUCACACUCUUCCUGCCCUUCUUCGCAAAAUACGCACCCAAGGAGCAUGUGUCUCCUACACCGCUCCCCACUAUUUUAUAACUGACCACUUUCAGAACUGACAGAGAAACAGCGGUUCCCAGUUGCCUCAGUGGGAGAUGUUUCAAACAGAACACAUCUAUAA